UCUGGGGCAUAAAAGUAACAAUAACCAUGCUCCCCCCUCCCCCCACGGCUGCUGCAAGAACAGACAGGAAACAAAAGAAGGGAAGAACCACUCGACUGCUCGCGGAGUUGAAGGGAGGCACAUGACUCUUCUCUCAAAGGAAUAAACAUUUCAACUGGAAAAGACUGAACACGUCAUUCCAACGAGGACUAUUGGAUGUGCAAGACGGCUUUCUUGUAUCCAAAAAAAGGACGUUGGAUUCUAAUACAGGUAUUUUGUGGAGUUGCUGUAUACUUUCCAGUGUUUCAUAACAAGAACCCCACGAACUGGGCAUUCAGGACUAUUUUCCUCGCUAAAUGAAAUGCAAAUUUCCCCGACUGGUUGAAGUAGCAACAAGCCGCACAUGGAAUUUUUCUGACUGACAAGUGAACGGGUGAGGAGAACCUUUGUACCCUGUAUACGUCACAGACUUAACAACUCGGUUCAAAAAUGUCUGACAGCAUGAAUCAAUCAAUCAUGCAUUGCAACAAGAGUGAUAACUUCAAGUACCCUCUGUAUAGCUGGGUUUUUAGCCUGGUGUUUAUACUUGGAUUCAUCUUAAACAUGCUGGCUGUUUACAUUUUUGGCUGCACACUGAAGCUGCGGAACGAGACCACGACAUACAUGAUAAACCUCGUGGUUUCAGACUCUCUCUUCGUCCUGAGCCUGCCUUUUCGGAUCGUUUACUUCAUCACGCGCGACUGGACAUUUGGAAGUGUGCUGUGCAAGAUCUCCGUGGCCCUGUUCUACACCAACAUGUACAGCAGCAUCCUCUUCCUCACCUGCAUCAGCGUGGACCGGUUCCUGGCUAUUGUGCACCCGUUCAGGUCCCAAGCGAUACGUACCAAGAGGAACGCCAAACUGGCCUGCUGUGCCGUUUGGGUUUUGGUUCUUUCCGGAAGUAUACCUACUGGGUUCCUUCUGGACACCACUUCACCCAACUCCUCCAAAAACUACUGCUUUGAAAACUACUCCAGAAAACAGUGGAAGGCCGAGCUGUCCAAGGUGGUGGUGUUCAUUGAGACUGUUGGCUUCAUCAUCCCGCUGAUACUCAACGUGUUCUGCUCGGUCAUGGUGCUGCGGACACUGAGUAAACCCCAAACCCUCAACCGCGGAGGGUCCGUCAACACGAAAAAGAUCUUGAGGAUGAUCGUCGUGCAUCUGCUCAUCUUCUGCUUCUGCUUCAUUCCCUACAACGUUAAUCUCAUCUUCUAUGCCAUGGUCCGCUCCAACGUCCUAACGGGGUGCAAGGCAGAAGAUGUGGUCAGAACCAUCUACCCCAUUGCUCUGUGCAUAGCAGUGACCAACUGCUGCUUUGAUCCAGUCAUUUACUACUUCACUUCGGAGACCAUCCAGAGCUCCAUCAAACGCAAGUCCACCGUCUGGCACAAAGGGGCCAAGCUAUUCGACAGGCUACAGAUGGACAGCUCACAAAGCAGUCCAAUCACAACACCCAAACACCUGACCCUGACGACUCAGACAACCAAAGCGUUUGACAGUGAGUCGACAAUCUAGUGGCAGCUAGAGCUGUAAAGUGUAUUCAUGAUUCACUGAUUGCUGGGGAACCUGAGGACGGAGGUGGAAGAAGAGUGGCCUUGAAGAUCAUAACGCAUUAACACAAUGGUUACUAAGGAAUCCAUCAUCCACUUGACACGACUGAGUUUUGAGACUGGGAGUUAAGACACUGAUCGCUAGUGAUCAACAGAAGAAUGGAACAAGCCGAAGAAGAAACAUUUAAAAACACUAAAGAGUGUAAAGCCUAAAGACUAUUUAUCAAGGUGCUAAUUCACCACACAAGUUUGGAAACUCUAUAUUUUUGGAGUUCAUGAUGUGUGUUCGUGGCGAUGACAGGUGUCAGCAAAUGAGCGUAUGCCUCUGUAAGACAUUGCAGAUGUAGUCUUAUUCCUCAGAGCAGAUUCUCACGAAGGAAAGUUAUGCUUUGGCAACGCUGAACCAGGAUUACAACUGUUUUAUGUGCUGUGCGUUGUCUAAGUCGUUGUGUCCCCACUAAGACACCUUAUAGAGCAGCAUGUUCUAUAACAGCGUUGCCCUUUAAACUGAAAGCAAAUAAAAGUCGUUAACCUGAAA